AUGAAUUUUACAAAACCACCGUUACCGUUCUUUGGAAAUAAGAGUAGAUGUAAAGAUAUUCUAUUGAGAGAACUUAAGAAACUACCGAAUGGUCUAACAUUUGUAGAUUUGUUCGGUGGAAGUUUCUAUAUAUCCCAUUUGUGCCAUACAAUAUUCCCAGACUCAAAGAUUAUAUGCAAUGACUUCGACAACUAUAUGGACCGUCUCAAACAUAUUCCAGACACAAACAAUAUAUUGAAAGAGUUAAAAGAAAAGAUACCUAUAGGUAAGAUGGAACGUAUACCAUUAGAUAAGAAAAAUAUUGUGAGAGAGGUUUUGAAAAAAGCAGAAUAUAUAGACUGGAAUAGUAUAUCUGCUAGAUUAUUAUAUAGUGGUGCUAUAAGAGUUCAUGACAUUGAAACACUUAUGUCAAAAGUUUUAUAG